GUGGUGCAUAUUUUGAGAUCGAAAAGACAGCCAGGAAUCCCAGAAGAUCCGGCACUGAGAAUAGUACAAUGUAGGUCUAUGCUAUAAGCCAGCCAUGGUCAAGCAAGGAAUUAAGAUUUUCUGCAGGAUAAAGCCGACGAAAGCCAAAACUGGGCUUUUCGAAAUCGAUGAAGAUGAUGGUGGCUUGCCUAAGCUUAGCAUCGUUGUCCCCAGGGACCUGGCGUCUGGCUUCAUCAACAACAAGAAAGAAGAAUACAAUUUUCGAUUUGAUGGUCUUUUUGAUCAGUACACCAAGCAGGAUGAAAUCUUUGACAAUGUAGCCAAAGACGUUGUCAACAACUGCUUACUUGGAUACAACGGAACUAUAUUUGCUUAUGGACAGACUGGAAGUGGAAAGACAUUCACCAUCACCGGGGGACCUGAGCGCUACAUUGAUCGGGGAAUCAUACCCAGGAUGCUCACCUACCUCUUUGAGGAAUAUGCUAAGAACCCUGGCCAUGUCUAUACCACUCACAUCUCCUACCUAGAAAUUUACAAUGAGAGUGGGUAUGACUUGCUGGACCCCAAGCAUGAAGCUUCCAAGCUGGAGGAUUUGCCGAAGGUGUCCCUGAUGGAGGACAGCGAUGGCAACAUCCACCUCAAGAAUCUCUCCAUCCACCAGGCCAGCAGUGAGGAGGAGGCCCUCAACCUCCUCUUCCUUGGAGACACUAACCGCAUGAUUGCCGAGACACCGAUGAAUCAAGCCUCAACCCGUUCCCACUGCAUCUUCACCAUCCACGUGUCCAUCCGCGAGGCAGGGUCAGCCACCAUCCGCAGAGCCAAGCUACACUUGGUGGAUCUCGCCGGAUCAGAAAGGGUUGGCAAGACUGGAGUUGGAGGCACCCUCCUGACUGAGGCAAAGUACAUUAACCUGUCACUGCACUUUCUUGAGCAGGUAAUUGUUGCCUUGUCGGAGAAGUCCCGGUCACACAUACCAUACCGUAACUCCAUGAUGACGUCAGUCUUGCGAGACAGCUUAGGUGGCAACUGCAUGACCACCAUGAUUGCAACGUGCUCAAUGGAGAAGAAGAACAUCGAUGAGUCCAUAUCUACUUGCCGAUUUGCCCAGAGAGUGGCACUGAUCAAGAACGAUGCCAUUCUGAAUGAAGAGGUGGAUCCCAAACUUAUGAUUGCACGCUUGAAGGGAGAGAUACAAGAGCUAAAGAACCAACUUGCUCUGGCCACAGGAGAACAGAGCAUGGAGGACCUGACAGAUGAGGACAAGGAGAGAUUGACGGAGCUCGUUGAUGGCUUUGUCCGAGAUUCUGAUCCAGAAGCGACGCUGAAUGUCGGGGCAGAUAUGCGCAAGAUCAAUGAAUGCUUCAGAAUACUCAAGAGAUUAACACAGGGGAAAGGUUUUGCCUCUUCAGAUGGUUCUAGACCAGAGCAGAGAGAGGAUAUAGGAGAUAAACAACAAGCCAUUGAUCCUGUGACUUCUGUCGACUCAUUGCCAACCGUCAACCAGGCCGAGAUGAGCAAGAUGAAGGAACUGCUCAAACAGAGAGACAACGAGAUCAACAUCCUCGUCAACAUGCUGAAGAAAGAGAAGAAGCGAGCCCAGGAUGCACUGAGCCAACUCCACAACCCCGGUGGAAAUCACCAUCAGGAGCUCUCUGCAUCCUCCUCCGAUCAGGACAUUCCAAAUGGAUACAAUGCCAACAUUUCGUCUUACAAGACGAACAGCAAACCACAAGAGCCACACAGGUCACAUGGGAGAUCCGGGCAGGGAAGGAUCCAAUCAGAUGAGGAAUACAGAUCACGUGAUAGUGACAGGCAGUCGGUUGACCAAUCAGACGCGAUGCGUAGAUCAGGUGAUCGUGAAAGGCACAAGGAGAAUAGCUCUUCCUCUUACAGGUUGAAAGACUCAAAAAGGAAAAUAUUAGGUGACAUGUCGGUUGGCAGGCAGGAAGCCUUUGAGAUCUUCCGACGGGACUACCCCAACAAUGCCGCCAUAGAAGACAUGAAGCAGCAACUCAAACAGCGCUACACAGAAGCCAAGGCCAAGGGGCAGUUUGUCAAUGAAUGCAGACAGAACAUAAACAAACUGAAAAGCCAGAUCGAGCACAGACGUCUCCAGCUGGCCAUGAGCGGGGAGCCGGACCCAGACCGGCCCGACGAAGUCGAGCAGUCCCUUCGGCAGCAGAUGGAGCAAGAGAAGGCUAACUACAAGGAGACGUUCACCCAGCUGCGGUCGCUCAAGACGGAGAUCGAGCACCUGCAGCACUUCCUUGAGAAGUCGCGGCUUCAGCUACAGAAGGACUUUGAGCUGUGGUGGGCCGAACAGGCGGCCAGCCUACAGACCCAGCAGUCACUAUCACAGCCGCAGCCUCCGACUGUUCCCCCGUCAAAUCCCUCCAAGGCUUGGAGGACGCCACCUAUAUCACCCUUGAAGGACCAGGCUCCGGACCACCCCAGUGAUCCCCAGCAUGGCGCUGCAUACACCAAGCAUGACCAUUCGAUGGCAAACCCAGCUUCUGCCCGGCGGCCACAUUCAGGGGCAUCCAGGAAUGCCCUCCUCGGUGCCCUGUCAGCCCAGAUGGACAGGGGCAGCGGGAGACACCCCGUGGUCCCACCCUUAGAGAAGCUGUCGUCUUCUGGCAGUGUCGACAGAACAGACCAAGAGGCCAGAUCAAGUUCAAGUCGCACUAGGUCCUUACUGGACCCAUCCAGCCAGCCGGCCGUACAGCUAACAGGAGACAAGAGAGCUGACGCAGACAUCAUGGCUUUCAUCAAAGCUAGGCAGAAUCUGCUGCAAGCGAGAGGUCAAGUGCCUAGGUAGCAUCUGUAAUUGAACCAUCUGGCUCAAAGAUGUGUACGCGCAACAGAGAAAGGCACCAUUUAUUUCCUGGAUGCCUGCAGGUCCACGACCGAGCUUUCAAAGCUUAUCAGGAGCAUGGGUAGCACAUACAAAUUGUGAUGCCUGAAACAUAAUCCAUGCCACUUAACUAGCAUCCAGCAACACAAUAGUUCCAUUAUCAAGAUUGGAGGACAGUAUGUUUGUAUGUUCAGCAGCAUGCCCAUCAACAGCGAUGUACAUUUUCAACCACAUGUGUCACCUCAAAAGUGUUCUUGUCUGGAAACAAAUUUGUAUGUCAGAAUUCCUGAAAGCAAACCACAGGAACAACUGGCAUAGCCAAGUUGUUUUGGGAUGAAUGACCAGCAAACUGCAUUUGAAUACCAGUUUGAUGAAUUUGGAGACCCAUGGACUAGUCCAGAGUCCAGACUAAACCCAUGCCAUCAUGGAAGUCACUUUUUAUUCCCAUAUGCGCUUUCCUACUAGAACUUAGUGGAUAUUGUCUCCCACCUAGCUCCCUCUAGGAAAGCACACAUAUAGCCAAGGCACAAUGUCAUUAUGCCUUGCGUGUUAACCAUGCUUGCUCAUGAGCUGUAUACUGUAAUUUUCAGAAUAUAGGCUGUGCGGAGUGUAAAUCGUAGGGCAGAAACUUCGUUCUUGAAGGGGCAAGGCAAUUUCUCAGUUUCAAAGGGCACUUGUAUUAGAAAAUCAACUUGUCUACGGGGAUAUUUCAUUGAGCAUUGAUUCAAAGACUGGGGUAUCGAAGGCAAUUGCGUUCGACUCUACCUGCUGUCCCGCACACCGAUGGCUCAGCACAUAAAUUAGCUUAGCUGUGUUUUCUACAUAUGGUAAGGCUCGGGUUGCGGUUUGGGGCAGAGCUGUGAUGUCAAUCUAAUUUUUGAAAAGCUGUGGAGGGAUUUCCACUUAUCAUAAGAUUAAUUGAUUAAAAUAGAAAUUUUCUUGUUUUAUGCAGUUAACCCGUAAUGACUUAAUAAUCAUGGUGUGGGGGCUAGUCAAAAAGAGUGUUAACUACCAAUUCCCACCAAAUUUUAGAGUCUGUACAUAACAUGUUGUAAAUAACAUGAGUAUUUCGGAAUUAUGAUUUGUAUUAAGUCAGCAUAAUUUAUUUCAUUGCUACCGGUCCGUCCAUGUACAUUGUACAGUGCCUUGAUAUGUACUCAUCUACUGGUUUAUAUAAUUUCUUAGAUUGAUAAAAUAUCCGUCCGAUUUUAUUCGCACAUUAUGUUUGUAUAAAAGCAAUAAAUUAUUAAAGAGAAGGGUGUGUAGCAGCGUUCCAAGGCCAUAUCCAGAGGGGCCAUCGAGGGCCAUGCUCCCCCCCCCAAAAAAAGGACCAACAAAUAAAUUUCUUUUUUUAAUAAU